GCUCAUAGAAAUCUCUUCUCGUCGGAAGAAAAUGACUGUACACGGUUUGGCUGUACUGGUGACCUUUUUCCGUUCGAGAGCUUACCUGCUAGCUACCUACAUAUUGUGUUAUUUUAACGAUGAGUACUUCAUGAGAUAAUUGUGGCUAAGGAAAUAUGUUGUCUUGUGUGCUGAGAAGAUACCUUUUGUCUGGCAACAACAAGCCUUUUCAGCUGGUGUCCAGACUGUCAUUAUGCCCAGACAGACCACCAUGUAUCAGAGGAAAGGUUCAGGGUAGUGGGUCAGUAUGCAGAGGACCUGCUGAGCCUCUCGGAUCGACCUCCAGGGCUCUCCUUAGGGCUCAGUUAUUUCACAGCUCAGCUUGGAACAGAAAGCAACCUGAAGAGCGUCCUCCUCGGGAACUGGAUCUGCUGCGAUAUGAUAUGAAGAAAUUAAAAAAGGCACCCACCCCUGCCUUGUAUCUCGGACUGGCCGGUCUCAUACCAUUUGUGGCUGCACCCCUUGCCAUGGGUGUUACAGAGCUCUACAUGCCUGAGAUAGCAUUUGCGCAAGUUGCAUAUGGAGCCUCUAUUGUGUCCUUCUUGGGUGGUGUGCGUUGGGGUUUUGCCAUUCCCGAGGGUAGUCCAGCCAAGCCUGAUUGGCUGAACCUGGCAAACAGCGUUGUUCCCUCUUUGAUAGCAUGGGUAGCUUUGCUCUUCAGCAAAGAUUAUUUUACACAGUCGGCUAUGAUGGUGAUAAUUGGGCUAGGAAUCUCUCUGCACUAUGAUCUCGUUCUUCUUCCUACUUACCCUAGCUGGUUUAAAUCUCUCAGGGCCCUGCUCACAUUUGUCGCCUUCUUUUCUCUGAUGUCAACAAUAGUAAUCAAAGAAGUGUACCCUGAAAAGAAGUUUCUUACGGAGAAGUAAUGUACAGUUCUUGGAUUUUUUUUAAUUGAAAAUGGAAUAAAGACAUUAUAAUACAUUGUAUCAUAAA